AGCAACUUCUCCUGAAAAUUAGUUGGCAACACUGCGUGCAUGACCAGUAGGACUACAAAUCCCAAAGCCCUUUUAGCGCGUUUGAGGAAUGCAGGGUGGGCUCAUUUUUCCGGGGCUACCACCAUGUAUAUACUACAGCCAUCGGGGUUUCUAGCCAUGACCGGUUUGAGCUGAGCUACGCGGUCCUUCCUCGCUUUUAACACUGCCCGACCUGUCGAAUUUAAGUCCGUGAAACCGCCCUCAAAUCUGUUUUAUUUUGCCUAGGCUACAUAUCACAAUAUAGCCUCACAUCUGGAUUCUUCACAGCACAGGCUGAAACAGACAUCAUCUCUCACUCUGAUGCAUUGUUGCGUAAAGUAGAAAUGCAGUUAUAUUCCGACAACCUGAGUGCACAGAGGCAAAAACACAGGCUAGAUGUAUAGGUAGAUGCAUAAAAUAAUUUAAAUCAUAAUAUACUUUUUUUGGGGGGAGGGGGGGACGCAGCACACGUAAAGGGAUUGCUUUCGAGUUUUAUACACUGGCGAAAUCAGAAGAUUUACAAGCUGUCUACCACUUUCUGAACAGCGGUGUGUUGGUGUCUCAGGAGGACAGGGACCUGGAAACAAGCAGAUAGGGAGCAGGAGCUACAGGGGCCACAGUGUCUAUCUGCUCCUCAGUUCCCCUGUGAGGCUGUCUUUGUGUCAGGGAUCGAGAGGUGGACACACACACAGACAAGGACUGUCUAACAGCAGGACUGCACCACUUUGCAGGGCACUGGAGGGACACUGGGCGGAAGGUUAGCAUCUGGCUGGCAGAGAGAGGGAAGAGAGUGGAUAAUGUGGUGGGCAGGCGACUGCAUUGCCGAGAUUACAGAUUAGGGAGAGCAGCAGGUCAGGGCACAUCAUCCUGACAAAGCCUGCACUUCCACCAACACUACACAGCAGAAUUCAAUUAAACCCUACAGCUACUGGCAGGCAGUGGCCCAGCCUCACACACAUACACUCACACACAAAUAUACAAAGAAUUUCCACUGCUGGACAGCUGCUGAGCCCCUCUUCCCUCUUGUCCUGUUUGAUGUUCAGUGCCAGAUGGGAUUUUUUCUUCUGAUUGAUUUGUCUUUUUUCAAUCCAGUCACUCAUAGCCUCAGUUCCUUUCAGGGCAUUCAUUGGUAAGCCCUUUUAAGGUCCUCGUAUCUACUUUUCUUAAGACUCUGUGGCAAUCCUCUUUGUCAUUACGGCCAGAAUGUUUUGAUUACUUUAGGAGCUUUUACAGUACUGCUUUUUCUCUGACUGAAGAGCACUGGAAUUCUGAUGGUCGCGCAGACUUUUUGAGGCAGCACUGCGAUGAAUAUUUGUGCUCAUAUUCUCCUGUCAAUCAGACUUGACAUGUCCAGAGAGCUCCUCCCCCAGACAGGCAGACAGAACGUGGAUGCAGAGCAUCUGGAGGGCUGGUAGAUGCUCAGUCUGCCACACAGAGACACACACCACUCACAGCCUCAAUGACAACUAGACUACAGGACACCUGGCCCUACGUUCUAGCGGAGGAGAACACAAAGUCCUGAGUAGCUCUGCUCUUUCUGCAAUUCUCAGAAACUCCAAAGUGGAUCUUCUGACAGAAAAAAGCAAGCUUGCGCGAGACGGGCAGAGAAGUGAGAAGAGGGAGGGAGAGGGGGAGACAUGUUAUUUGUUCAGGUUGACUAGAGACUCGAUGGAGCUUCUUUCAUGCCAGCCUGCCUGCAGUCGCCGCCGCCUUUUACCCUCCUUCUCCCGUCUAGCCCGCUAGAGCAUACUACUCAGAAGACUGCUUCAGCACUUGACAGAGGACCAUCAAACACCAGGGCGGGCUACUCACAUGGACGGCUGAGAUGACACUAAUGACUCGCUACCUGACUUUUACCAUGGAUAUCACUAUAGGUGGGACUGCUAACACAGCGUGAUAAGCUCUGACAGUUCCUCAGACUCUAGCAGUGUACAAUUUGUGCAGAGUUCAUCAGAGUUUUGUAUGUGCAGACACUGCUGGAGCUCCCAUCCAGGACUGGAGCAGUGCAGGGAGUGGAGAGCAGGGCUGGUGGGUGUGAAGAGUGGCAGCUGCGUGCGGAGAGACGGAGAGUGGGGAGAAGCAACAGACACAGACUCUCUGACAAACUGUUUAGUGUGAGACACUGAGAGACUCACUGUGGAGCAGCGGCUCUCCCUCUCUCUGUCUGUGGCGCUGGGAGAGUGUUCUCUCUGAGCCAGCGUGAGCCAGCCAGCACACUGAGUGGAGCUGAGGCCAGCAGGGUGGGGACGGUGGCAGGAAACAGCGCAUGGAAUUGGGGGAGCCGGGUGCCCUCCGUCACCCAGCACCGGGAGGGGCACUGGGGCUGGGUGUGGGGCAGCCCUGGAGGGGUGAGGGUCCAAAGAUCAGGGGAGCUGAGGCCCAUGUUGACAGGCGGGACCAGCGUGGAGCGGGGUGGUCGGAUGGCAGGGGCCAGGGCCGGCGGAGUGGGCAUACGGUGCUCAUUGAGGGUGUGGGUUCUGCUGGGCUCCCUGGGCCUUGUCUUUCUCACCUCCCUCUUCUUCUCCAUCUCUCUGAGGGGGGGCGUUGGCCUGCCCUACCUGGAGCCCCCCGGGUGGGAAAAGUCCAGCCGAGUAAAACUAGUGCCCAACUACUCUGGUGUCCACCAGCUGGGCCCACUAGAGAGCACCCAGCAGCAGAAGACAUGUGCCUGUCCCCGCUGUGUGGGAGACCCUGGGGUGUCGGACUGGUUUGAUGAGAACUACGACCCGGACAUCUCCCCCGUGUGGACACGGGACAACAUCCAGCUGCCUUCAGACGUCUACUACUGGUGGGUGAUGCUGCAACCUCAGUUCAAGCCCCACACUAUCCAGCAGGUACUGCUGCGGCUGUUCCAGGUGAUCCCUGGCCGCUCCCCCUAUGGCUCCUGGGACCCCGCCCGCUGCCUGCGCUGUGCCGUGGUGGGGAACUCAGGCAACAUGCGUGGGGCCGGUUACGGACCCACCAUAGACAGCCACAACUACAUCAUGAGGAUCAAUCUGGCGCCCACGCUGGGCUAUGAGGAGGAUGCAGGCAGCCACACCACUCACCACUUCAUGUACCCAGAGAGUGCCAAGAACCUGGCAGCCAAUGUCAGCUUCGUCCUGGUGCCCUUCAAGACCCUGGACCUGCUGUGGAUCACCAGCGCACUCUCCACUGGACAGAUUCGCUUUACCUACGCCCCUGUGAAGCAGUUUCUACGGGUGGACAAGGACAAGGCUCAGAUCUUCAACCCAGCCUUCUUCAAGUACAUCCAUGACCGCUGGACCAGGCACCAUGGACGCUACCCUUCCACAGGCAUGCUGGUCCUGUUCUUCGCUCUGCACGUGUGUGACGAGGUGAAUGUGUUUGGCUUUGGCGCUGACAGUCGAGGCAACUGGCACCACUAUUGGGAGCAGAACCGCUACUCUGGAGAGUUCCGGAAAACAGGGGUGCAUGAUGCAGAUUAUGAGGCCCUGAUCAUUGACUCGCUGGUUAAGGCUGGCAAGAUCACCAUCUUCCCAGGAAAGUGAUGAGGGCUGAAGGUGUGGUGGGCUGGACAGGUUUACAGGAACACUAGAACACCCAUCACCACAAGGCUUUUUGAUGUUGUCAUCUGCUUUAUACAAUGCCUGCUAAUCAUGUUCCCAUUGUGGUAAGAUGAUGGUGGUUUUGGGUCGAACUACAUGUGAUUACACUCUGCCCCCAACAGGCCUACUACCUCCAUAGAAACGACAGAACUAUAGAGGGGGCAGAUAAGUCUGUCCUAGCCACUGUAUGGACCUGUGAACCCGUCCCAUCCACAAUCCCCCCCCCCCCCC